CACGGCGCGUUGUCCCGAAUGCACGUCGAACCAUUGAUUUCCGCGUGUCGCGGCCACGUGAUCGUGCUGCUCGAUCGCCACGCACUGCUGCGUCGCCCCGUGUCGGCUAGGCUCGUUCGCCCCGGUGAACUGUUCGUCGGUCAUCGAAGGAAAAAGGGGGCAAGGAGCUAAACGCGAGGUCCUUUGACGAUCAAACCUGACGUGCCACGUAUAGCGAGGCGCGUUACGCUGCGGCCAAAGAGGGAUCGGGUUUAUCGGAGUCGAUCGUGAUCGCGUGAUUGCGUGAUAUCGCCGCGUUCGCGGCCAGACGCGCACACCGAAGGCGUUAACGGUAUCGGACCGCGCGAUUCCACUGGAGGACCGAGGAACCCGGGGGUCCGGGAUACAUCACGUGGGCGGCCGGGACCACUGCCGGGAUACGCGCGCGCGGGACACAAGUGCGGCCCGCGCGCCGCGGCGCUCUUCCAGACGAUGAAAACGAGUGGCGAAUGAAUGGGAGUGGCCAGCAUUCCGGACUGUAAAGAUCAGCGGGCCCGCGAUGAAUGGAACGCUUUAGGAACGACGAGCCGGAAAAUGGACGUCGCGAAGUGUGCCACGGAGGAUUUCGUCACGGUGGUCAAUGUCGAGGGCCAGCAGCCACCGCCGGAGAAUUUCGUCACCGUGCUGUCAAUUGGCAGCGGGAAGAAGGAGGACGAGCUGCCCCCGCAACCGACGCCGUGCUCUCCGAAAGCCCAGACGAAUGGGCUCGAAGGACACCUCGAGGAAGAGGUCGAGGUGUUCAGGCUGCCCGGUGAACGGCUCGGGUUCGGCUUGAAGUUCGAGGGCGGUAACAAGACUUCGGAGAGGGUCAGGAAACUGUUCGUGCAGAGCUGCGCGGAGCAGAGCCCAGCUAGCAGGGCCAAGUGCUCUUGGGGCACUCUGGGAGAGGGUGACGAGGUACUCUCGAUCGACGGUGUACCAGUGACACACAUGACUAGGCUGGAUUGCGUGAGGCGAUUGAAGGAGUCUCAGUUGGUUAUCAAGCUAAUGGUUAGAUGUAGGGGACCGCUAAGGCCUGAAGUGGUCAGCGCUGAGAAAAAGACCGGCACACCGGAGAAGAUCAAAGUGCCCCCGGAACUGCCAUCGGCGCCGCCGCCGGUACCUCCGCGAAAGCUACGUCAAGCUCGGGGCCUGGCCGACGGCGAAGCCAAUCCCAGUCCUGUCAAAAAAUCCUGGAACGGGUCCAGGUCCCAGAGCAGCGGCUCGCAGAACAGCUCGCCUGGCUCGCAGCCUGUCAGCCCACUGGACAGCAAGUCCAGUAUCUACGAGAGUUGCGAGUCCUCACCAAAGAGCUCGAAUGGAUCGAGUCAAGGAACACCGAAAGGGUCGCCUAAAGAACGUUCGCCGGAGCUUGCAAAAUCGAAACAGGAACCUCCGGAAGCGAUGGUUUACCUGGACGCUAGAUCGCAAUGCGGCUCAACGCACGGAAGCACGUCCGACGACACAGGAAGUUCAAUGUCCACGGUGAUCGACCGAUUCUCCACGUCGGACCGCGUGUCCACCAUCUCCACGGCAUCGACAGCUUCGACAACGUCCGAGCAACAAAACGAUUUGCUACGAACCGAUCCCGAAUUCGAUCGAACUUCCGACCGGGACUACCAAUUGUCUAAAGCGAUCUGCCCGUUCGAGAACUUCGACGCUGAUUACCCGUCCACGCCUCCCGACUACCUGCUGCGCCGGCUGGCCAGCUCAGAAGCGGUGACCCAUGUAGAGUCCCGCGGGGAAGUCGAGAGGAUCACUGCUGUGGUAGCGCCCAACACUGUGCUGAUUGAGGAGACAAUCACGUUCCAGCCACCUUUGAGCUUCCAAGAUGCUCCUUUGAGCUAUGGACACGAAGCUCGACCCGACCUCUUCUACACGGCUGACCUGGCAGCUGAUUCCACCACCCAUUUCAAGCCUAUCAAAGAUGACGUGGAGCUCGUGGAACGCGUGAACGGUGGCCACGAAGACUACCUAUCACCUGAGUGCUCCCCCGAAAAGCCGAAAGAAGCGAUUCGCGCGGAAAGAGGAUCUGAUAGAACACCUCCACCCUUGCCAGCCAGGAACCACGUCAACAGGAUCAAUGUUAAUCAGUCUGCUAGCGAUAGGUCCAUCGAGAUCAAUGACCGCCAAUGCCAGACCGACCGCCAACAGAAACCUUCCGAAUCUUCUGGCAACACUGCGAUCGGAGAUAAUCAGCAGGAUGCACCUGUCCUGCCGCCCAAACCGUUGCCCAGAAGGGACGUCAAGGUUAGACGCAAGAGACCACCCCCUCCGCCUCCUCCGCCGAUUACACCGCGGUCUGAGACCAAACCAGUUGCCCUGGCCGAGAAGCAAACAAGUUUAGAGAAGGAGGAACCAACGAGUGCAAAGGUCGACGUUCCCCCCUUGAAAACGGAGGACGCUGGCAUAGGGCAAACGGAAGAGCUGUCGAAAACCUUGGAAGAGGGCGAGGCAGAGAAUUCGAUGUCCAAUAACGCUGGAACUGAGAAUGAGCUAGAAAAAAAGAGGAUAGAGGAGGUGGAGGAUUCGGAGUCCACCGAUAGUUACGAUGUUCUAGAUGAUGAUGGUCCUAGGACGAACAAGGUGUUCGAGAUAAUAGAAAUAAGGAAGGCUAAAGCGUUCCCGUCACAGAGGGCGGUUCCCUUGGCAAGGAAAGAGGAAGAAGAGGCCAAGGGCAGGUCGGGUUUCGCGAAGGAAACUGAGAGGAUCGUUAAUGGGGAUCCAGAGAGGAUCAAGCUGGGAUUGGGCAAAGGCAAUGAGAGGCCUAAGCCGGAACUCAGGACGGCUGUGAAGAUUUCGAGGGAGGUGGAUGAGUCGGAGGACAGCGACGAAGCUACCACAAGAUUUAACGAGCCCGAUGACAAAUCUUAUGAUAGGCAAUCGAUUGAAGACGAAAGUUCUGAUCGCGGUGAGGCUGACUCACCUAUCAACGAUGAAUUGUUUGGGGGACAGGAAGAUGACGCGGAUGACGAUUAUAGGACUUUGAACGAUAUCAAUCGUAAUGUAUGCGGUUUGAGGGGAAACAGAGGGAGGAAUGAAAAAGAGAGCAUCGAUGAGGAUGACACGAGCGACGAAAGCGACGACGACUACUACUGGCAAAGCAACUUGGCUACGAUCGGCGAGGAAGAGGAAACGAACUCGCUUGAGUAUGCCACUGCACACAACGGAGCCAGCGACGACACGAGCCCCACGGACGAAUCUAACUGCCUGGACUCGCCAACUGGCAAGGACACAUUCAUCACGAAUGAGACGGUAAAUGGUAGGAUGGACAACUGCGGAGGCGGUCAGCGCCUGCCCCCGGACGGGGACGAAUUUCCAGCGGCGUACCAGGAGUUCGGCGGGAACAGUCAGCAGUACCGAUUCGUGACGGCGGCCGGCGCGACGGCGAGGGCGUCGACGAUGACCGCGAACGGCGGCCUCGUGUGCAACGACACCGAGGCGUUCAUCGGCACGGAGAGCUUCAAGCUGAUCGACGGGAACGUGGUGACCACCGCGAGCAUAAUCCUGCCGGACAACCGGGUCGGGCUGUCGGGCGUGGAGAACGCGGGCAAAAUUGGCGGCCUGUCGAACAACGAGAUAAACGGCAAGAAGGGGAGCGUCGACGGCGUCUGUCAAGAGUCUGCCAGGGAGAGCCGCGUGAACGACACCAAGCCGUACGCGUCAGACAGCUUCGCGAAGAAAGCAACGUCCGUGACCAACUACGCCGGCUACGGGAACCAGGGUAACGGUAAUGUACUGCUGUCGGAGAAGAAGGUUGAAAUCACCGGAUACUAUCACAAAGACACGCCGCCGCCGGUUAUUGAGGAGCCGCAGGACCACGGGGAGAAGGAGGCGUUGGACACGCCGCCGCCUCUGCCGUUAACGGGUCCACCCAAGAUAGAGACGACCAGUGUGUACUCGAGAAGCGUGUCGAACUUGGAGCCGCCUCAGAGGAAGUUCUCGUUGAACGGAGAGCUCUGGAGGCAAGAUGACAAGUCGGAGAGGUCUGUCAGGGACAAAAUCGCGAUGUUCUCUUCACAGAGCAGCCUGGAUGGGCCCCUGUUCCCGAACUCAAUCACUGUGACAGCAGCGACGAGCAAUGGCAGGAGGCUGUCUAAGUACAAGUCCACGGAGGACGUAUGUAGCGACGAGAAGACUCCUGGACAGAAAGAAAGGGCGUCCUUCUUCGCGGACAGGACGCAGAGUUCCUUCGACUUGACCGAUUCCGGGAGAAACGUUGGUCAAGAGACUGGAAGAAAGUAUGGACAAAGGCUGCCCGGUCUGCCCCAGAGUCCCUCGUUGGCGCCUGCAACGGUUCACGCGUCAAAAACGUUCCCCGUGGUGCCGCCCAAGCCCGUCAUCUCUUCGACCACGCCACUGAUCAGCUCGUACGAGAAAGCCUCGACGACCAAAGCUUCGAUGAAGAGUUACGCGACGCCGGCGAGCGAUUCGCAGAGCAACGCGCCGCAGGCAAAUCUCGGCAAUCAUCAGAAUUCCUCGAGCGUGCCGCCGAAACCAGCCGCGACGUCCGCGCUGACCCGUGCGACCAGUUUCUCCGGGUCGACGCCGUACCUCCAGGACCGAAGCGCGGCCUGCAACGAGCUGUUCGUCAGCUCGCAGAUCGCCAGGACGAACUCCCUGGCGUCUACGUUCCGCAGACCCAGCGAGGACAUUAGGAGGACCAGCCUGAACCAACUGAUCGAGCAGAGAAGGCGGUCGAUAUCCAAACUUAGGGGGUUGGUCAUUCCGGAGAAGGAAGCCAUACCCAUCGAAGCGCCAAUCGUUGAUCUGCCUGAGAUCAAAUCCCGGGAUUCCAUACUGUUGCAUCAGAUACCGAAAGCCAACAUACAGGACAAGUGGGGUUCCCAAAGCUCCCUGGCCAGUAACGCUAGUACGGCUAGCGUACCGCUGAAAGCGACGACGUCUUUCAAGAUGCCAGCGCCUCAGAUACACUCCAAGUACUCCCCUGCGUUCAAAAGAAAGAGCCUCGCAGUGUACGGCACGUCCUCGAACAACAGUCCUCUAAACGGUACGGCGAAGUCCUCUCAGGCAUCGUCAACAGCGACGGCAACAGCGACGACAACAUCAACGCCGACCAUAUCCGAGCCGCCCAAGAGCCUGGAGAGCAUCUGCAGUCCGACCCGAAGCGACUACAGCUUCGAGUUCGCUUCGACGGCCAGUUCUCCCGAAGGGCUACGCAGUAGACCGAAAACCGUGCAGAGGAAGACACGGAUGGAGUACGAUGACUCGGACAACGACUCUGCGGUCAGCAGCUCGCAGAGUAGCAUCUCGCGAGGCUUCAGCCCGCCGAUGUCGCCGGUUCCAUCGGAACGGUCCACCGUUUCGUCCGAAAGAUCUUACAUAUCCGCGGAGACCAAUUACCGGCACCGGGCCCUCAUCAUAGACAGUCCCACCAGGCAAUAUGGUAGAGAGUCGAGCGGCGUAGAUUACACCCGGUCGAGUAUUGUGAACGAGAGGACGUUCGUUUCCGAGCGAUCGUCUUCCAGCAGCAGCAGCUCGGACCCUAGAUCCCCGCAGCCAGUCGAAUCAAACGCGAGAGCCUCGCAGAUACCACAAAGGCAGCUGAAACGAUCGAACAGCACCGACACCAACUGCAGCACGUCGUCGACCCUAACUUCCGGUUCGCAGGCAAGCGCGGAAUCGUUAUCCAGGCGAGUGCUAAAGCCGCAGAGCGUGGAGGCGAUCAAUCGGAAAAACAUCUUAGCCAGCGCCAGGUGUCGGAGCGGAAGGGACCUAAACGGCUCACCGCUGAUACAAAGGAAGUUCCCCGAGGAGGAUCAUCGCGGAGUCAUCGAGAACGGCGACGAUCGCCAGAAGAGUCGGGUCAAGAACGUGGCCCCGAGUCCGCAGGACGUCAAAAUCGCUUACAUAGAGGUAACGGACUCGUUUACGGAGGACGGUGACAGUUUCCCGAAGGAGGAAGAAGAACCAAAACUGCCACCGAAAAGAAGCGUCCCGCCUCCAGUCGCACGACCUCCUAAAUCCGAACUCUUAGAGCCUUCGAACGACCUGAAGAUGUGGGUGCGCACGGAAGUCAAAGCGAUGGCCAGAUCGGCGGAACUGAAAGCCGCUAAGAAGAUCGAGAAGAAACCGGAACCAGUUCCUGAAACAGUCACCCUGAAACACAAAGCCGUUGUCGAUGAACAGCAACGUGGUUCCGUUGACCUGCCAUCGGGAAAUAGAAACACCAACAGCAUCAUCGAUACCAGUGCAACGGAGAUCCCGAAGCAGAGAAGCAGACCUAGCGAGUCUUCUAAGAAGCUCCCCGAAGAUCAGAACGAUCUGCUGACUAUUCUGACAACGAAGAGCAGGUCCAGAUCGGCAAUCCACGUGGACGAUGGCAGUUUCGGUAGAUCCAAGAGCCAGAUGAGCCUAGAAGACAUUCUAAGCGCGAAGGCUGAGACGAAACUGUCCCGAGCGCAGAGUAUCGAGGGAAGAGCCGACAAGAGUCCCAUCGUUCAUGCCGGAGGUCAGAACAAGUUCCUCUGGGAGCCGAAGGAGAGCCGAUACGGUAGGAGGAGCUCAACGAAUUCGAACGAUUCCUGGAGCGACGACAAGUCGUUUGUGUCGAAGAUACCAACGCUAGGGAAGUCGCGGCAUGCCGACAACACCGAGGACACGAUCGAAGCGGAGAAAUCGAAGAUCGUGUCAAAGAUACCGACCACAAGAAGCCUGAACCGACGAAGCGCGAGCGUGACCGACAUGAAGAAAGCUUUGGAAAAGAUGGAGGCCACGUCGUGCACGCAUCAGGGAUCUGGGACGGCUCACAAUCGGUUCCCGAGUUUGGACAGCAGCGUGGACGAGAAUCUGUCGCCUGUAGGAACGGACGUAGACACGGACAGAUGUUGCAGUGAGCAGUUCGGCAGCAUCAGCUCGCUGGCCAGUAGCACCAGCUUGAUCUCGCAGCAGGAGCUGGCGCAGCUGGUGGAAGAGGCGAGUCUCGAAGAGGCUAGGGGUGCUCACGACGUAGUUGUCGUACUGCUGCACAAGGAGAACCCCGCGGGCAGCGUCGGGAUCACAUUGGCAGGCGGAGCCGAUUGUGAAGUCAAGGAGAUCACGGUGCAUAGAGUAUUGGCGCAUUCCAUAGCGGACAGAGAUGGCAGGGUGCAAAGGGGAGACAGAAUCCUUAGCAUAAACGGAAGAAGCACGCGCGGACUUACGCACAGGGAGAGCUUAUCGGUGCUCAAGCAGCCUAGGUCAGAGGUCGUAUUGGUCGUCUCGCGUGCCAGGAGCGAAGAUGGGGGCAGAUUAAGGUCGCGGACCGCGAGCGUCGAAACUAUCAUCGAAGGAUUCGAGACGAAUGGUGUCGCAGAGGAUACUGCUUGGGGGCCGCCCUCGGUUGUAGCAGUAUACAAGGAUGGAGCUGGUUUAGGAUUCAGUCUCGAGGGUGGUAGAGACAGCCCCCUCGGGGAUAGGCCAUUGGUGAUUAAGAAAAUAUUUACCGGAGGUGCUGCCGAGAAAACAGGUGCUUUAAAGGCAGGGGACCAAUUAUUAGAAGUGAAUGGGAACGAUGUGACUCGAAUGUCGAGGAUCGAGGCGUGGUCUCUCAUGAAGAAAUUACACGACGGCGAAGUAAACCUCCUAGUCAGGCACCCUGCCACCAAAUCAUCGUGAAUGAUAGUCAAUUAAAAGGAACAUGUCGUGGUGGGACCCCGUGGAACGCUAUUGAGAGGAUGAAAUGUGUGUUGUGAAUCUGCCCGACCGUUGAACGAAAACACUUGUGAAGGUAGUGAACAAACAGCAACGAAGUUUGACCCCGUAAAAUUAGAUGAUACAAUACAUAAUUGUAGGUAUCCACGUUCAAUCUUAUGUUCAACGUUUUGUUCUCCCACGAGCGAUUGGCUCGUCCCAUCUUAUAAUGUUCAAUGAUAACGAAUGUUCUGUUGAAUCGUUACAUAGGAUUUGCAUAUCGUGCUUAUAUAAUGAGGUAUUAUUGUUACAUAACUUUGUUUGGAUACCUCCAUUUCUGGAGAGAUUCUUUUUUUAUACUCUUCGUUCUGUUGUGGUAUCCGUUGACUAUAAUUUAUAUACCUUAGCGUUGUUUCGAAUACGGUCGGAUUGACAUAAAAGAAGGAAUGCUUUUCCUAAUUAGCUGGUAACCGUAAUGGAAGAGGCAACGUGAGACACAUGUUUCUGUCUUACAAUUUUGUGUAAUACGAAUCGUUACGAGCUGAACGGACGGAGAGAAAUUUUGUAAAUAAGAUUAACAUGCGCCAAGAAUUCGAGAUCCAAUGGGUAUCUAGAAAAAUGUUACAUAUAAUAUAAAAAAAAGAGAAUGGAAGAAAGAAAUGUUAAUAUAACGCGUUACAUUUAAUGGUUUAUUUAAUUGUAGACUGACAUUCGUUUCUAGAUUUGCGUUUGUUAAAAAUCGUACUGUGAUAUGUAUGUGUGUUAAUAUAAAACUAACAAGCGUUAAUAAGCAGAAAACGACUCGCAAUAACAAUAUAUUUUAAUCUAACAAAUAUUUACGAGACAUUCGAUUAAUCGCUUGAUUCUUUAACGUUACAUAUGCUUCCUCCUCUCCCCCUCCUACAUGUUUUCUAUACAAGGAUUCAAAUGCCGCAAUGUAACUUUUGUCGAUAAUAAAUGAUACAAUCGAAUAGCACGUGUGUUGGUGUGUAAUUCUUUUUUCAUUUAAUUAAAUCCCAAUUCACAUUCAAGGUAACUUUCAGGACAGAUGACAAACUAAUCUGUACACUUUUGUAAACACAUAAAAUUCUUAUUUCUACGCAUUUAGUAGACAUUAAUUUUGUUUAUUAUGAAACUUACAAAAGUGGUUAAACAGACAAAAUUAAUACCAAUAAUAUUUCUUUGCUAUACGAUCCUCCUUGAUACCCAUUUUCUCCAUAAUGUCCAUCUCAAAUGUUUUUAAAGAUGCCUAAAUAACAAAUAAUGUAUACUUAAUAUCAAUGAUACAGAUUUAAUUAAGUACAUUAUUUACAUACCACAAAUGUUUCUUCCAUUACAUCAUCUUUCUUUGUAUCUUUUGGAUGUUCAAAAUAGGUCUUAGGAUCUUUAUAAUCUAUUGUUUCUUUAGCGGUUUCUGGCAUCGGAAUAAUUCUGCCAGUUCUGCUAGAAACUCUUACAUACUCACCUUCCUCUGUAUACUUCCAUUCAAUAGGAGUACCUUUCCUAACAUAAAUACAUACAAAUUUGUGCUUUACUUGCACUUUACAUAACAUCUAUAUAAUGCUUGUUUUUUAUAUAAUAUUUACAGAUCAAAUGGAUCGACCAAUUGCACUUGAGUUGUAACUAACAGCGGCUGCUCUACACGAAGAAAAGUUCCAGGAUAAUUUUUAGUUUUUCCUAUGCACUGUACUUUUGUAUUCAGCCCUUCGACAAUAACCCAAUUCCUUUCCUGUAUAAUAUCCAUUACUAAACCUUGUUUUCCUUUGUCAGGACCAACUAAUAUUUCUACCUGAAAAUAAAACAUUUUUAAAUACAUUACACUAAAAUUCACUUAAAAAUCAUAGAUAUAAUUGAUCAAAAAUCUUGAACAUCGAUAACUUGUUGUAUAAAUUAAAUUACUUUCAUACAUGUUUUUCUUUUAAUAAUAACUUUAAACAUUAAGAAGAUAUUAGCUAGAAAAAUAAUAAGACAUGAUUCAAGGUUCCAACCAAGUAUGUGCAUGUAACAUUACACGAUCUCCACGAAAGAAGCUCCAAUCUUUUAUGGGUUCAACAUGAAUCAUGGGUUUCCUCGGGGGAUGUACAUGUUCCACCUGAAACUCCUGUGUCCAUGGUCGAUGAAUGGAGAAAUGAAAUUUUUUAGUUUUUAUUGUACGCUGAAGGUACUGAGGUUUCCCACGUGGUGUUCUCCAAAAAACCUACACACAAAUUAAAUUAUUAAUGAAAAAAUAUGUAUAAAUAAUUGUAAUACAUGUUACUUAAAUUACUGUACCCGUUCUGUAACACGAUUUAUAUAACUAUCUGGUAAAUUCGAAUAUACUUUAGACCAAUGUUUCAUUUUUGUAAAUAAGGUAUUUGUGAGCCUCAUUAUGUGUAAUUAUAGAUUUAAAUUAAACUUAGAAAAUUUUAUUCUUUAAAAAUUCCAAUCACAAACACAGAAUUAACAACCGACGUUCUUAAAAUGCACAAAGAUACACACUUAAUCAAUAAAAUUGGUACGGCUCAUCACG